UGGAGGCUGACACAACAGUGCCUGUCUGUUGCCUGUGUGUCCGGCUGCAGAGUAAGCCCAGCUGAGGACAGCUCCCAGCCCAGCAGAGGGUUUGCAGUGAGCGAAGGGGAGCCUCAGGUAAGAGGGCAGAGUGAGGGCAGCAGUAUUUCCAGAGCAGGCACUUGACGGCUCACACGGCCUGGGAGAGGGCAUGGCCGUCUGUGCUGUAUGACAACACGCCCGGCCAUGCUCACAGCUGCCAGGCUGCUGGGCUUCAACCUUACAGUCAUUGACUCCUGCCACCCUGCCUACCCCGUGCCAGCCUCUCCUAGGGCAGUGACCUCCUGGACCCCCAAACUGGCCAUCUCUGCACUCCACAGGAGCCAGCUCUCUCAAGCCACCAGUGCUCCAGUGUCUGGCUCUGUGCUCAGAGUGCCCCGGCCCGGGCUCCCGACUGCAGGGAAGCUGCCCAGUUCUGCCCUAGCUCUCUAGCUCCCCAGCACGCUUGCUACGGGGUGAUGGCUGUCUGCUCCGCACUGCUGGCUGGAGCUGCUGUAGAGCUGCAGGAGCCACUCAUGCUGAGCGCUGGCUGCUCUCCCCACAAAGAUUCUCCACAAGGCAGCCAUCCCUGGGCUCACGGGGGCACCCUUUUCACCCACAGAUUACAUGCAGAAUUGCAUUAGGGCAGAUGGGAGGAGCUACCGGGGCAUACAGUCCACGACGGAGAAGGGAAAGAACUGCCAGCAGUGGAGGCUGAAGUUUCCCCAUGAUCACAGGUUUUCUCCCUCUCUGCGGAAUGGCCUUGAGGAGAACUACUGCCGGAACCCAGACAGAGAUGAGCGGGGUCCCUGGUGCUACACCAUGGACCCAGCCGUCCGGCACCAGAGCUGUGGUAUCAAGAAGUGUGAAGAUGCCGUGUGUGUGUUGUGCAACGGGGAAGAUUACCGGGGCCUGGUGGACCACACGGAGUCCGGGCGGGAGUGCCAGCGCUGGGACCUGCAGCACCCCCACAAGCACCCAUACCAUCCCCACAAAUAUCCUGAGAAGGAUUUGGAUGACAAUUACUGCCGCAACCCUGACAGCUCCGUGGGCCCCUGGUGCUACACCACAGAUCCUGCCCGGGAGCGGGAGUACUGCCACCUCCGCAAAUGCACAGAGAAAAGCCCACGCCUCGCAGACACCACCACCAGCUGUUUCAAGCACAAAGGCGAAGGUUACCGGGGCAAGGUGAACGUCACCACGUCAGGAAUCCCCUGCCAGCGCUGGGACGCCCAGACCCCCCACCGGCACCAUUUCCGGCCCGAGGCAUACGAGUGCAAGGACCUGCGGGAGAAUUACUGCCGGAACCCUGAUGGCUCAGAGGCCCCCUGGUGCUUCACCAGUCUGCCCAGCAUGCGCGUCGCCUUCUGCUUCCAGAUCAAACGCUGCACUGAUGAGGUGGAGGUGGACGACUGUUACCAUGGAAAUGGUGAGCUGUACAGGGGCAAGAUCAGCAAGACCCGGAAAGGCAUCACUUGCCAGAAGUGGUCAGCAGUAUCGCCCCACACACCCCAGAUCUCUCCCGCCAUGUUCCCUGCCAUGCGCCUUGAGGAGAAUUAUUGCCGCAACCCCGACAACGACAGCCACGGGCCCUGGUGCUACACCAUGGACCCCAGCACCCAGUUUGAUUACUGCGCCAUCAAGUCCUGCGGUGACAAGACACCAUCCAUCCUGGAGACUGCAGAUAACGUGGUCUUUGCCGAGUGCGGCAAGAGGGACGAGCGCCUCCAGCUGAAGGGCCGUAUCGUCGGGGGACGCCCUGGGAACUCACCCUGGACUGUCAGCAUCCGCAACCGGAAAGGAGUGCAUUUCUGCGGAGGAUCCCUGGUGAAGGAGCAAUGGGUCAUCAGCACGCGCCAGUGCUUCUCCUCCUGUGACACUGACCUGUCUAGCUACGAGGUCCAACUUGGGACCCUCUUCAAGGACCCCAGCCCCAGCGACCCCGACAAACAGGCCCUCCCCAUCCUGAAACUUGUCUGCGGGCCCUCCGCGUCUGACCUGGUGCUGCUGAAACUGGCCAGGCCAGCGACUCUGAACGAUCGGGUGGCUCUGAUCUGCCUCCCACCAGAGCGGUACGUCGUGCCCGAGAACACAGAGUGCGAGAUCGCUGGAUGGGGUGAAACCGGAGGUACCGGCAACAAGACUCUGCUCAACGUAGCCAAGCUGCCCGUGUUGAGCAACAAGGAGUGCAACAUGGUGCUCCGAGGCCAGGUGAAGGAGAGUGAGCUGUGUACUGCGCCUCUGCGAGCCGGGGUGGGGGCCUGUGAGGGUGACUAUGGGGGGCCGCUGGCCUGCCUGACCCAUGACUGCUGGGUGCUGGAGGGCGUCAUCACCCCUAUCCGUGUGUGUGCCCGCAAGGACCAGCCAGCUGUCUUCACUCGUGUCUCUCUCUACGUCGAUUGGAUCAACAAAGUGAUGAGGAUGCUCUGAGCUGGUGGGGGCCCAGCUCAGGGCCCAGAUGGGCAGGGACGGCCCCCAGGGAGCUAAGCGCUGCUUUCCCCUCUGCCUGGUGAUGGCCGUGGGCUCUGAGAUGUACAUUCACCCGUGCCAAACUGUGCCAAGCCCUCGCAGCGUCCCCGGGCAGGGCUCUGAGUCCAGACUGUCUGUCCCAUGUGCUGAGACCAAGCCAGCCAGCCCGUCCCUGGGCUGUGGGCACCGGCAUUGGGUGAUUGCAAUAAACAUGCUCAAGGUGUCA